CCGCCUCCCCUACAACAACCCUCCGCUCCGCCGUGUUGGUGCUUUACAUCCUGUUAUCCCUCUCUGGCAGCAUAUUCAAUCCAACUUUUUGAAAAAAGUACUCUGACCAUGGCUUACACGACUGCGGGUGGAACUAAGAAGAAGGUCUGCUACUACUAUGACGGUGACAUAGGAAAUUAUUAUUACGGACAAGGGCAUCCCAUGAAACCGCAUCGUAUCCGGAUGACUCACAAUCUGCUUCUGAACUACGGACUGUACAGGAAAAUGGAGAUCUAUAGACCACACAAAGCCACAGCAGAGGAGAUGACAAAAUAUCACAGUGAUGACUACAUCAAGUUCCUCCGAUCCAUACGGCCAGACAACAUGUCUGAGUUCAGCAAGCAGAUGCAGCGCUUCAAUGUUGGAGAGGACUGUCCUGUGUUCGAUGGCUUGUUUGAGUUCUGCCAACUUUCUGCUGGUGGCUCUGCUGCUGGUUCAGUGAAACUAAACCGACAGCAGACUGACAUCGCAGUGAACUGGGCUGGAGGACUUCACCAUGCAAAGAAGUCUGAAGCCUCUGGGUUUUGCUAUGUUAAUGACAUCGUACUGGCCAUCUUGGAGCUGCUCAAAUACCACCAGAGGGUGCUGUACAUCGAUAUAGACAUCCACCAUGGGGACGGAGUGGAGGAGGCCUUCUAUACCACAGACAGGGUGAUGACUGUGUCCUUCCACAAAUACGGGGAGUACUUCCCUGGAACCGGAGACCUCAGGGAUAUCGGAGCUGGAAAAGGCAAAUAUUAUGCUGUUAAUUUCCCCCUGCGUGAUGGCAUUGAUGAUGAGUCAUACCAGCAGAUCUUCAAACCUGUGAUGGCCAAGGUGAUGGAGAUGUACCAGCCCAGUGCUGUUGUUCUCCAGUGUGGUGCAGACUCUCUCUCAGGAGACCGCCUCGGCUGCUUUAACCUCACCAUUCGCGGCCAUGCCAAAUGUGUGGAGUACAUGAAGUCCUUCAACCUCCCGCUGCUGAUGCUGGGUGGAGGAGGGUACACGAUCCGAAACGUGGCCCGCUGCUGGACCUACGAGACAGCUGUUGCUCUGGACACAGACAUCCCUGAUGAACUGCCAUACAAUGACUACUUUGAGUACUUUGGGCCUGACUUCAAGCUGCACAUCAGUCCCUCCAACAUGACCAACCAGAACACACAUGAGUACAUGGACAAGAUCAAGCAGCGACUUUUUGAGAACCUGCGGAUGCUGCCUCAUGCGCCUGGAGUGCAGAUGCAAGCCAUCCCGGAGGACGCUGUCCCAGAUGACACUGUGGAUGAGGACACAGAAGAUCCUGACAAACGCUUGUCCAUUCGUGCCACAGACAAGAGGAUAGCCUGUGAUGAAGAGUUCUCUGACUCUGAGGACGAGGGGGAGGGAGGCAGGAAAAACAUGGCCAAUCACAAGAAGGGAGCAAAAAGGCCAAAAGUGGACGAAGACAAGAAGGAAGGAGAGGAGAAGAAAACUGAGAUAAAAGAGGAAGACAAAACAAAGGACAACAGUGCUGAGAAGACAGACUCAAAAAGCUGAACAUUUGACAUCUGUGCACGCUCACUGCAGCAGCUGUCCUCUUUGUAUCAGUCCAAAUGCUCCGACUCAAGCAGCAAAUGAAAGAGAAGCAGUAUCUCCUAUCAGAGAUCAAUCGUGUAUGUAAUUAACAUCACAAAUGUGAUUUGACAUAUAGUUUCCUUUAGUUUUGUCUCUUAAAUGUAUUAAAAUAAAAAAUAAUUAUGGUGAUUUUUUGAAGAUUGUCUGCUUUGAAGGCACAUUUACAUUUUGGCUGUUUUCGGUUAUUCUACUUAUGGCAGUGCACCUUUCCCCCCUACAUUUUAAAUAAAUCCCCAGCUGAGAUCAACUGAUCACUUGAGUGUCUGUGAUCUGGCCUUACUCCGCUGUGAAACUGCAGUGAUGUUGUGGUGCAUCAGGUCAGUCUGAUCAGCGGCAGCGUCCAACGCGUCUUUUUUCCCUUUUUGGGUAUCAGUUAUUGAUUGCAGGCUGCUCUUGUGUAUCCUCGCUAAUCCCUCUUUGAUGGUCACAAAUCAGAGCUUUGAGAUGGUCGUAAAGACGGCACACCUGAACUUCCAGUUCAACGAGGGUUGAAGAGACAUCAUGAGAUGUACCAUAUAUUUGUGAGCUAGAAGAUCAAGCAUCACAGCAUGAUACAGUUUUUUCAUACUAAAAGUAAAAAGGAAAUGUAUGUGAUUUUGAACUUUUUUUUUUUUUUUUUUUUUUCUUCGGCAGUGUGAAGACUGAGCAGACCAGCAGUGCCUAAAUUCUUCUUAUCCACACACACUCGAUGGAGGUAUCCUCCCUCAAGGAUCCAACUCUUCACUGGUCACCCUUGGAAGCAUUAUAUUUAUUAUGACUCUAUUUUCUACUUGUAAGCCUCAUAUGAACUUUAUGUGUCUCUCUGUGUAGUGUAUCAGUGGAAUUCUUGAAUCCACCACUUGAAUUUGCCAUACUAAAUAUGUCCUGUGAUACCCUUUCAAUCAUUUUUAUUCCAAUGUGCUUUAUCUUCUGAAGGAAACUAUGGUAAACCUGUAGAUAAACCUGCAAUGAUCUCAUGUGAAAUUUUUAAUAUUUUGCAUUUGUCAAUAAAACUUUUAUACUA